AUGCGCAUGAGAAUUUUGGGUCUGAAGUUCCGUGCAUUCUAUCCAAUCGAUACGAUUUUCAAAGUCCGUAGGACCAAUUUGUACACAGCCAUCCCUGGACCUCCUUUCGCCAUGAUUUCUUACUUGCCACAUUUCGUCACACUUCAUGACGCCAUGGCCUGUGAGUGCCUUCCACCACCACCCGUCUUUCAGCUACCUCCACCGCCGGAUUUAUCACUCGUCUGGCAUCUUAUCAGUGACGAACCGUACGAGGCACCAUCCGAUUGUGAAUGGAGCCCAUUCAUCUCGAUUUCGGAUGUCUCGUCGAAAAUCCCAUUGGCACCGUUGUCGAGCCGAUCCCUCAUAGUUAUCUCACUGAUCGCUUUGCUCAUCCUUCUCUCGCUCAUCGCUCUUGUGAUAUGCCGAAUAAGGCGUGGGAAAUCUCGUCGCAAUAAAACGAAAUCCGCCUCAUCAGAUGGUAUUCUGUCGGCCGGCGAUAAUGUAUGGACAUAUAACUCUAUGAAGAACUCAUAUACGGGCUCUAUGGGUAUCCUGGUCUGCAACGGUACUUCACAUAAUCAAGCCUAUCAACAUACUCCUGGAACGAUACGUUCCUUUGCAACGAUUCCACAUGAACCAGCGCCGUUACGUCCAUGUACGUCGACGACCCUUCGACUACACCCGAAGGAACACUCGGCCGCGUAUCACACUGUUGGAAGAAAUACGUCAUCCUCACCUACAGAGUUCUAUGAGGAAAUUCCACCACAGGGUUACAUGCCCACAUUUGCCAUCAAUAAAGCUCGAAUGCCGGUCAGUUCCUCCUUCAGUCGAGACUCAUGUCGUCGACCACCACCGAAAUGUAGACCACCGCCAAUACCUUCAUCGGCAAAUGUUUCCAACGAAUACAGCCCCCAUGGUAGCGAUGAAGGCAGUAUCGAUCGGGAACUGUCCAGGAUCCCCGCUGAUUCUCCACCACUUCCACGAUGGGAGGAAUGCGAACAUCGUAAUGGUGAAGGACGUGAAAGCGGCUAUGGUACGGCACCAAGUCGACAGUGGAGAAGUCCUCCAGCGCGAACUGACGACACCCGAUUACCGGCCUAUGUUCUGUCACAAGCUCCAAAUGUUCACUCGAUGACAUACGUGUAA